AUGGAUGGUGACAUAAUCUGCAUAGACGAGCUCAGCUCAACAAGCGACUCCAAUGUUAUUCAACUUCCGUUGAAAUCAUUGCAGCUGCCGACGCCACCGCGGAGCCUCUGCCGUCUUGGCAGUGGCGCGAGCGUGAUAUUGGACUGCGAAGGCAGCGUCGAAGCCGAGUCAAGGAAGCUGCCCUCGUCCAAGUACAAGGGCGUCGUCCCUCAGCCGAACGGCCGCUGGGGCGCACAAAUCUACGAGAAGCACCAGAGGGUGUGGAUCGGCACCUUUAACGAGGAGGACGAGGCUGCGAUGGCCUACGACGUUGCUGCCAAGCGCUUCCGUGGCCGUGGUGCCGUCACCAACUUCAAGCAGAGGUCUGACACUGAAGACUGCGAUCUUGAAGCCGCUUUCCUGUAUUCCCAAUCCAAAGAGGAGAUCCUUGACAUGCUGCGGAAGCACGCAUACUAUGAUGAGCUCGAGCAGAGCAAGAGAAAUUAUUUCAACGCCAACGGCAGCGGCAAAAGGGUAAGUAUGAUGGAAGCCAUGGGAGAUCCGUCCGGGCCGGGUCGGGCUGCGAUGGCCUGUCAUCUCCUUUUCCAGAAGGAGGUCACGCAGAGUGACGUUGGGAAGCUGAAUCGGCUCGUGAUUCCGAAGCAACACGCGGAGAAGCACUUCCCCCUGCGCAACCACACGAGCCCUUCGACUUCAAAGGGCGUUUUGCUGAAUUUCAUAGACAGUGGAGGCAAAGUGUGGAGAUUCAGGUACUCGUAUUGGAACAGCAGCCACAGCUACGUGCUGACGCGGGGUUGGACCCGGUUCGUGAAGGAGAAGAGCUUGAGGGCUGGAGACAUCGUCAGCUUCCACCGGUCGGCCGGGCCAGAGAAGCAGCUUCAUAUCAAGUGCAUCAGGAGGAGCAGGCUGAGCCGGGCCGGGCCCGUCCAUCCGGUCCAAAUGGUGAGGUUAUUCGGGGUCGACAUCUUCAAAGUGUUGGCGGCGGGCAGCGGCGGCUACAGUGGUGGUGGAUAAAGGGGAAAGAGAAUGAUCGAGGUGGAGUUGUUGUGAUUGGGGUGCAUCGAGAAACAGGUGGUGAUUGGAGCCUCGCGACAGUUUGUGUCUGUCAUUUUUAUUUUUGGGGAUUCGUUUGUAAAUUAUGGGAUGCUGGUUGAUUCGGAAGAUGGAAGAGAGGGGAGGUGGGACUUGGGAGAAGGUAGAUAAAAAUACGUAGAAGAGAAUUGUAUAAUUUUUUUUUUGUGUCUAGUAAUGAAGAGUACAUGAGGUAUAUAGGUUUUAUAAGAUAUUAUAUAAGAUAAUAAGAUAUUACAAUAUAA